GCAAGAAGAUCCCGGAAGUGUUGCACGGGCGCUUCCGUCCCGCACAGGCUAAAAAGAAAAAAAAAAAAAAAAAAAAGGAAAGGAAAAAAAAGCAAAAACCGCCCUUCCAACGCAUGCUCAGACCGGUUCGGCGCUCACCCUUCCGGAGAGGAGCACUCUGACGUCCUUCCCUACCCGACCGAAAGGAGGAGUUACGGGGCUCACAGAAGCCCCGCCCCACCUUGACGUUUAGAGACGCGACGCGUCGCCACGCAAUGCGAAUCGGGAAGAGGGGAUGAGCUUCGCUGCCUUGCGUCUGAGAGCGAAGUCUCGUUCUCCUUUGGUGGUGGGCGAUGGGCGUCAGGCGGGGAAGCCGGCGUUAGCGGAGUGUGGGCGCUGCGGAAAGAACUACUUUUCAUGAACCACACCAUCCGUUUGUUGAAGUAGAAAAGCAAGUAUCAUUCAUCAUGCCUGCUGUAGCUUCAGUUCCUAAAGAACUCUACCUCAGUUCUUCACUAAAAGACCUCAAUAAGAAGACAGAAGUUAAACCUGAGAAGACCAGCACCAAGAAUUAUAUACACAGCGCUCAGAAGAUCUUCAAGACAGCAGAAGAAUGCAGACUGGAUCGUGAUGAGGAAAGGGCCUAUGUGCUUUAUAUGAAAUAUGUGGCAGUUUAUAAUCUUAUCAAAAAGAGACCUGAUUUCAAGCAACAGCAGGAUUAUUAUCUUUCAAUACUUGGACCUGCAAACAUCAAAAAAGCUAUUGAGGAAGCUGAAAGACUCUCCGAAAGCCUUAAACUGAGAUACGAAGAGGCUGAAGUUCGGAAACAACUUGAAGAAAAGGACAGACGGGAGGAAGAGCAGCUGCAGCAACAGAAAAGGCAGGAGAUGGGGAGAGAGGACAGUGGUGCGGCAGCCAGACGCUCUGUGGAGAAUUUACUGGAUUCCAAAACCAAAACCCAAAGGAUCAAUGGAGAGAAGAGUGAAGGAGGUGCAGCUGCAGAGAGAGGAGCAAUCACAGCAAAGGAACUAUAUACAAUGAUGAUGGAUAAAAACACAAGCCUGAUUAUAAUGGAUGCUCGAAAAAUACAGGAUUAUCAGCAUUCCCGUAUCUUGGAUUCUCUCAGUGUUCCUGAAGAAGCUAUCAGUCCAGGAGUCACUGCUAGUCGGAUUGAAGCCAACCUCUCAGACGAUUCGAAAGACACAUGGAAGAAGAGGGGGAGUGUGGACUAUGUGGUCCUUCUCGACUGGUUUAGUUCAGUGAAAGAUUUGCUGCUUGGGACCACUCUGCGGAGUCUGAAAGAUGCACUUUACAAGUGGGAAAGUAAAACUGUCCUGCGCCACGAGCCUUUGGUGUUAGAGGGAGGCUAUGAAAACUGGCUCCUUUGCUAUCCACAGUUUACAACAAAUGCUAAGGUCACUCCACCCUCUCGGAGCAGAACUGAAGAGGUGUCUGUCUCAUUGGAUUUUACUUAUCCCUCGCUGGAAGAGCCAGUUCCUUCCAAACUUCCUGCCCAGAUGCCACCUCCUCCUAUAGAAGCAAAUGAAAAGGCUCAGCUGGUAACUGAUCAGGAUGAAAAACCAAGACUGUUGACCCAGUCAGCUCUAGCCAGACCUGUUGCAGCUCCCAAAGCUGAAGCUUCACCCAUAAUUCAGCCAGUGCCUGCUACAAAGAAUGUUCCACAGGUUGAUCGUACAAAAAAACCGGCAGUUAAGUUGCCUGAAGAUCAGAGAAUAAAAUCUGAAAAUACAGAUCAGAGUGGAAGAGUUCUUUCUGAUAGAUCCACCAAGCCAGUAUUUCCCCCUCCAACCACCAUGUUAACAGAUGAAGAAAAGGCUCGUAUUCAUGAAGAAACUGCCCUUCUUAUGGAAAAGAAUAAACAGGAGAAGGAACUUUGGGAAAGGCAACAGAAGGAACAGAAAGAGAAGCUGAGAAGGGAGGAACAAGAGCACAAAGCUGGAAAGACCCAGGAUGCAGAAGAACGUGACUUCACUGAGAAUCAGCACAAAGCAAAGGAUGGACAAGAGAAGAGGGACAGCAAACAGACCAAAAUGGAAGACAGAGAGCCCUCAGCAGAUGGGGCCCAGGAAGCCACAGGAACCCAGAGACAAAGUAAGAAUGAACACGAAGCUUCCGAUGCUAAGGUUUCUGUGGAAGGUAAAAGGUGUCCCACAUCAGAAGCACAGAAGAGGCCAGCAGAUGUGUCCCCUGCAUCCAUGUCAGGAGAGCUCAGUGCAAGCAAGGCUCAGCGAGAACCUUUGACGAGAGCACGAAGUGAAGAAAUGGGGAGAAUUGUGCCAGGACUGCCUUUGGGCUGGGCCAAGUUUCUUGAUCCAAUCACUGGGACCUUUCGUUACUACCAUUCACCCACAAACACGGUUCAUAUGUAUCCACCUGAAAUGGCUCCUUCGUCUGCACCCCCUUCCACCCCUCCAACUCACAAAGUCAAGCCCCAGAUCCCCGCAGAGCGGGACAGGGAGCCAUCCAAACUGAAGCGCUCCUACUCCUCACCAGACAUCACUCAGGCCUUGCAGGAGGAGGAGAAGAGGAGGCCAGCGGUGACCCCAACAGUCAACCGGGAGAACAAGCCACCAUGUUACCCUAAAGCUGAGAUCUCGAGGCUUUCUGCUUCUCAGAUUCGGAACCUCAAUCCUGUUUUUGGAGGCUCUGGGCCAGCUCUCACUGGACUUCGUAACUUGGGGAACACUUGUUACAUGAACUCAGUACUGCAGUGCCUGUGCAAUGCUCCACAUUUGGCCGACUACUUCAACCGGAACUGCUACCAGGACGAUAUCAACAGGUCAAAUUUGUUGGGCCAUAAAGGUGAAGUGGCAGAAGAAUUUGGUAUAAUCAUGAAAGCGCUGUGGACAGGACAAUAUAGAUACAUCAGUCCAAAAGAUUUUAAAGUCACUAUUGGUAAAAUUAAUGACCAGUUUGCAGGAUCCAGCCAGCAAGAUUCACAAGAGCUGCUUCUGUUCCUCAUGGAUGGCCUCCACGAGGAUCUAAAUAAGGCUGACAAUCGGAAGAGGCAUAAGGAGGAGAACAAUGACCACCUUGAUGACUUUAAGGCGGCAGAGCAUGCCUGGCAGAAGCACAAGCAGCUCAACGAGUCCAUUAUAGUUGCGCUCUUUCAGGGUCAGUUCAAAUCCACAGUGCAGUGCCUCACCUGUCACAAGAAGUCUCGGACAUUCGAGGCUUUCAUGUAUUUGUCUUUGCCACUAGCGUCCACAAGUAAAUGUACUUUACAGGACUGCCUUAGAUUAUUUUCCAAAGAAGAAAAGCUUACAGAUAACAACAGAUUUUACUGCAGCCAUUGCCGAGCUCGGCGGGAUUCUCUAAAGAAAAUAGAAAUCUGGAAAUUGCCUCCUGUGCUGUUAGUACACCUGAAACGAUUUUCCUAUGAUGGCAGGUGGAAGCAGAAACUGCAAACAUCCGUGGAUUUCCCAUUGGAAAAUCUUGACCUGUCACAGUACGUUAUUGGUCCAAAAAACAGUUUGAAGAAAUAUAACUUGUUUUCUGUUUCAAACCACUAUGGCGGGCUAGAUGGAGGCCACUACACAGCCUACUGUAAAAACGCGGCAAGACAGCGCUGGUUUAAGUUUGAUGACCAUGAAGUUUCGGAUAUCUCUGUGUCUUCUGUGAAGUCGUCAGCAGCUUAUAUCCUCUUUUAUACAUCCCUGGGACCACGCGUAACUGAUGUAGCCACCUAAAGAGGUGUGGGCUGUGGGCGUGUUGAUAUUUCCAAAUUGUAGCCUCACAUCUAAUGCUUACAGAAAUAAUGGAUUGCUGCAGCUGCUAUGUAGAGAGAUUCCAGAACACUGGGGGCUGUGUUACUAGCACCAUAUAAUUCAGGUCAGUGCUGCUUAUCAAGGAAGGAAGGAAGGAAGGAAGGAAGGAAGGAAGGAAGGAAGGAAGGAAGGAAGGAAGGAGAGCAAGAAAGAGAGAGAGAGAGAAACCUGACAUUUAACAACUAUCAUAGUACGCAUCCCUUACAGGAAUCAUUUAUUUCAAAACAACUUUUUGAGUCUGCCCCAAAGUUAAAUAAUUCAUUAGCCAGACAUUUAUUAUUCUAUUGAUACCAAGCCAUUGUAACCUCCAUUUUCCUAUUCACUGCUCCAGCCUCGUCUCAUUUCUAGUCCCAGCUCGGCCCACUAUGAGUAUUCUAGACCUAACUCAGAUAGGAGUGUAUAUGUACAUAUUUAUUGCACUGUUGCACAUCAGAUUGCUGUACAUAGUUUAACAUAUCCUUCUGUGAAAGCCUAGAAAGAAAUUUUUUUCUUUUUCCUUUGGCCUCUUCUAGGUAGCUGCAGUGCUUUCUUAGGGAAAUGACAGGGCAAAACUAUUUUUCUGUUGGCUUCCGGCUGUAUUUGUGCACUAAAUCUUUAUUCUAAAAAAAUGGAAACUUUAAUUUUUUAAAAAUCAUUUACAUCUACAUUAAAAUCUUAAUGAAGAAAAAAAAUAAUUUGAAACCUUGU